CUUGAUUUCGAAUUCCAAAUACAGUACAUUCGUUAGUGCUUAUCUAGUACUUCUUGAUCUGAUUACGUUAUUUCUGGGAUUCCUAGUUCAUACGAUAAUUCAAAUAAUUCGAAACAUUUUAUUGGCGUCGCGAUGCAGCCUGCGAUGGAAAAGUUAGAUAUUCAUUCAACUUCUGAAGCUUUUGAGGAUUACUUUGAAAGGUUAGAAAUUUGGGCUAUGACCAAGGAAGAUAUUGAGGAUCUUAAUAUUGUAGCACAUUUCCUCACAUUCAUCGGAAAAGGAGCAUACAGCUUAUCUUUAUCAACGAUUUCAAAAGACAGUGUAGAGUCAAACAGCAGUUCAGAGUUAAAUGAAACUCAGAAUUCUUGCGAAAUAACAGUUUCUAAUCAAUCGACUUAUCAGAUUUCGCAUGUUAUUGUACCAGAUAUGGUUUUUCUUAAUGAUUCACUUAUUUCUGACGAAAUUCCUUGCAAAUCUGAGGAAAAUAUGUUGAAUAAACCUAGUCAUGAUCAAAAACCUGAUGUAGUUUUGAUAGAUGCUGAUUUUUCUAAUGAUCCUUUACUCUGCAAUGACAUUCUUAAUAAAUUUGAGGAAACUAUUUCAGAAGAAUCAAAUCCUGAUGUCAUACUAAAUAUUAUUUGUCCUCAUGAUGCAUUUGUUUCUUGUGGGAAACUUGUUCAAUGUGAAGCACAAGUACUAAAUGAGCUCGAUUUUGAUUACAAUUCGGAUGAUCUCAUAUCAACUGCUGUUUAUCCUUAUCACAAAAACACUUCUAAUGUUUACUCUAACCAAUGUGAGAAAUAUGAUUUAAAUGAAGCCACAUCAUUCAUAAAUUGGGGAUAUGAAGAUCCAACAUUAUUUCGUGGGGGAGGAUAUUCUAAAAGUCUAUGGUUCAAAUUCUAGGUAGCAGCGGUUUCAGUGCACAACCGACAUGGUGAUUACACAAUCCCAGGAAGCAGAUAACAGAGUUUUUAUCGAAUACAAUGUCAGACAUACACAGGAUGAACUUGAGAAGAAGACGUACAACUGAUUACAGACACCUAGACUCCAAUUUAAGCUGUGGCGGAUGUGGUGUUUGAAUGAACCGUUGAUUCCUUUAUACUUGUUGAAUCCUUGAGUUCGAAUUCCAGAUACAGUACAUUCGUUAGUGCUUAUCUAGUACUUCUUGAUCCGAUCAUGUUAUUUCUGGGAUUCCUAGUUCAUACUAUAAUUCAAAUACUCCUAACUAUC